GUACAGAGACUAUCAGAGACCACGGUCGCAUUAGUUGUAUACGACCAUGAAAUAAAUAAAGUCCUUUAUAUGUACUGACACUGCAUUCUUUAUUUUCUUCUAUAUAUAUAGAAGAAAUUAUGUGACGUUUAAAUGAUACGCGAGAUUAUUAUGUAUCGUGACCUACUGAUAACUCAACCAGUUAUUAGACAACACGUUUCACAUAAUUUUGUGGCAGAAUAGUAAUACUUCUGGUAAUACGAAGGAGCAGUCUAUCACCCGAUGGUUUGGUUAGGUUAAACCCUGUGAUAUUUAUUAAACAAUAAAAUAUGCGUGCAACUAUUGCGAUAUUGUGCGUGUUCCUCGGUUGUUGUAGCAACGUCGUUUUCCUGGAACUUCUUGUUAAGGAUGAUCCAGGCAGUGGAAAUCUUAUUACAUUUGCACAGUUUCUUUUUAUAUCGAUAGAAGGAUUUUUAUUUACUUCAAAAUGUGGGACUGUAAAGCCCAAUAUAGGAAUAAAAGAUUACUUUAUAUUAGUAACAAUGUUUUUUGUUGCAAAUGUUUGUAAUAAUUAUGCAUUUGAUUUUAAUAUACCCAUGCCAUUACAUAUGAUAUUCAGAGCUGGUUCUCUAAUAGCUAAUAUGAUUAUGGGUAUCAUUAUUUUAAAGAAGAGAUAUGUUUUUAGUAAAUAUUUGUCAGUAUUUAUGAUAACUCUUGGAAUUGCUAUUUGUACCAUUGUUAGCGGCAAAGAAAUUAAAUCUUUGCAAGCCAAGAACGUAGAACAAGUACCUACAACACCAUGGGAUGAUUUGUUUUGGUGGAUACUAGGUAUAUCGUUAUUGACAAUUGCACUAUUUGUAUCUGCAAGAAUGGGUAUCUAUCAAGAAGUAUUGCAUAAAAAGUAUGGAAAAAAUCCAAGAGAAGCUUUAUAUUACACGCAUUUACUACCUUUACCAUUUUUUUUAACAUUGGCUCCUAAUAUCUGGGAUCAUUUCAUGUAUGCUCUAGCAUCGGAUCCAAUAAAGAUAUCAAUUAUUAAUCUACAAAUGCCAAAAUUAAUUCUAUAUCUUGUAGGAAAUGUUCUCACACAAUAUGUGUGCAUUAGUUCCGUUUUUACAUUAACAGCAGAAUGUACAUCACUCACAGUGACUUUAGUCAUAACAUUACGAAAAUUUUUAUCUCUAAUCUUCUCUAUAAUAUAUUUUAAAAAUCCUUUCACAUUGUACCACUGGAUUGGUACAAUUUUAGUCUUUCUAGGAACAGUAAUAUUUACAGAAUUAUUACCAAAAAUCACAGAAAGUCUGCGACCUACGGAGAAGAUUAAGAAAGCCCAAUAAUAAAUAAAAUUUUUAGAAAUUGUUAUAUGUUGUUUGAUGUAACUGUACAAAGCAAAGCGAACGUGGUAGAUAUAAUAACGAAUAAAAUGCCUUAUGAAUGAAUGUAGUAACUGUAACAAUAAGAGAACAGAAAAAGAAUCAUUUUUGUUUUUUCCAAGUUACAUCUAUUAGAACUAUUGAAUAAAGACGAUUUUUCUCUA